UCAUCGUAGGUAAGUUAUAUAUCCAAUCCGGAAGCCUCACUAUAAAUGAACGUACAUAAGCUUGGAAUACGGAAAUCAAACCAGCUCACAACUACUAGUCACAUGGAGAUCUUUUCCAUCUUCCCUUCAUGGCUUCUCACAACUAUACUUGUCCUCUUCUGCAUCUUUCUCUAUACUCUUAAAUCUAAUAGUUCGUCGAUGGUUGCCCUUAAGCUUCCACCAAACCCUCCAAAGCUUCCAAUAAUUGGGAACAUGCAUCAACUACUAGGCCAACCUCGUCAUCUAGCCUUUUGGAAACUUUCCCAAGAAUAUGGCCCAAUUAUGCUACUCAAUAUUGGUUCAAAAUCUUGCCUUAUAAUCUCUUCUUCUACCAUGGCCAAACAAGUCUUUAAAGAUCAAGAUCACAUUCUUUGUUCGCGUCCAAUAUCCAAGACCACCAAGCGACUAACAUACAACUAUGUAGACGCUGCCUUCUCGCCUCACAGCAAUCACUCUAAGAAGAUGCGCAAGGUUUUGGUAUCUGAAUUCAUGGGUCCUAAGAGAGCUAGAGUAUCUAACCAUGUGUUGUUAACAGAGGUGGAGAUCAUGCUUCGAUCUGUAUCAUUACAUCCAUCAAACAGUGCGAUAAAUUUAAAUGAGUUGUUUCUGGCAUUAGUCAAGGCAUUGAUUUGUAAGGUGGCGUUUGGUUCGAGCUACAGAGAACAACCACUGAAGGGUCCUUCAUUGGAAGUGAUGCUUGAUGAGGUCAUGGAAUUAAUGAAUCCAUUCUUAGGUGAUUUUUUCCCAUGGUUUGGUCCAAUAUUUGACCAAAUUAGUGGAAGGAAUCAUAAGCUAGAAAAACUUUUUAGCAAUCUUGAUGCCUACAUCCAGACGUAUAUUGAUGAACAUCACAAUCAUAUUGGACAAGUUUACGAUGAAGACAAGGAUUUUCUUCAUACAUUGCUUGAGUUAUCUUCAACGGAGAAUGCUUCGGGUGAUGAUCGGUUGACUAUAGGAGAAAUCAAAUCUCUUAUUGUGGACAUAUUUCUUGGAGGAAUUGAUACAACGUUUACGACAACAGUUUGGGCAAUGUCGGAGAUCAUUAGAAGUCCAAGAGUGAUGCAAAAGGUUCAAAGUGAAAUCCGAAAUUGCGCAGGGAGAAAACAAAAGAUAGAUGAAACGGAUGUCUCAAAAAUGACAUACUUGAAGAUGGUGGUGAAAGAGACACUAAGAUUGCAUCCUCCAGCCGCAUUGUUGCUCCCACACGAAAGCUUAAGCCAUUGUCAAGUUGGUGGUUAUGACGUGCUUCCUGAGACGAUGGUUAUAAUUAAUGGGUGGGCUAUAGGAAGAGAUCCGAGCACAUGGGGGAAGAAUGCGGCUGAGUUCUAUCCUGAAAGGUUUGAGAAUCUUGAUCAGGUGGAAUUCAGAGGGGGAAAUUAUGAUAUGGUUCCCUUCGGAGGGGGGAGAAGAACUUGUCCAGCGAUAAAGACAGCUCCAGCGACCAUAGAGUUCAUAAUAGCAAACUUGUUGUAUUGGUAUGAUUGGAAAAUCCCUGGCGGAGUGAAGAACGAAGAUUUGGACAUGGUAGAGGAGGGUUCCCUACUUAUCACUAAAAAAUUACCACUUUGCCUUAUCCCCACGAAGCAUAUCUGGGAAGGCUAGCUAGCAUCACUUCAUUCUAGAAAAUCUACAAGUCAUCUAUUUUCUUCAAGCUUUUAAAGAUCAACUAGACAUGUAAUAUUAAUAUGCAUGCCCACUGAUAUUGUAGUAUAGUACAUGCAUGCGGCUUUCUUGACCUAGAUAAAAAUAUCUAAGAAAAAAUAAAUAUUUUUAGACUUUUUGUUUCUAAUUAUGCUCCUGCUCCUAUAUAACAAUGAC